AGCUAACUCUCCUCAACUCCGCGAACUAACGAUGAACUCUGUAAUAGAGGACUGUGAGCAACCAAUCAAAGAGAUAAUGGGACUCUGCGGAGCCGCAUCGGUGUCCAUUGGCGUGGUCCACGAAGGGAAUUCAAUCUACAAGGCCAGCUUCGGUCUCAGGGACAUCGAGAAUGAGCUCCCAGCCAACUCUUCUACACUGUAUUGUAUUGCAUCGUUAUCCAAAUCAUUCCUAUCAGCCGCUGUGGGAAUUUUGGUUAGCAGGGGAGUUCUAGACUGGCGUGAGCCGCUGAAGAUGUACCUCCCCGAUUUCGAUCCAGUGGGCGACCCGAAUAUUGCACGGCAUGCGAACCUCAUCGAUGUACUUUGCCAUGCUACGGGACUUGCGCAGCAUGACGUGUUGCAUAUUGGCCCGAGGGGAACGAACAUCGCAGACCGUCGCGACCUAGUGCGGAUUCUGAACGGAUUACCAACGGCGAACGAGCACGGAGCCAGGUUCCGGCGCUACUGGCUAUAUAAUAACGACGUUACGGCACUGGCGGCCGAGAUUAUUGAGAAGAAAUCGACCAAACAUUACGGAGAGUUUCUCCGGGAAAACAUUUUUGAACCGCUUGGGAUGAGGAGGACUUUCGCGAGCGGACGGCAAGAGGACGAGAACUCGGCCCACCCGUACGCUAGACUCAGUGAUGGGACGAUGACCCGGCUGCAUCCGACGAGUUUUCUGGCAGAGACUGCUACAGCAUCUAUCCACUGCGGACUUCGGAGCUCAGUGGAGGACAUGUUAAUUUGGGGUCAGAGCAUACUCGCAAGAUGGAAAUGGGAGGACGCAAAGUCCGAAGAUAAGUCGAAUAUGGAUGAUCCCCCAAACGACCUCCAGGAGAUAUCCACAAUCCUAAGCGAUUUCUAUCCGCAACCUGCAAACGAUCGCCAUCAGAACCUAUGCGCAUAUUGUCUCGGUUGGCUCAAGGUCGUUCUGCCUUCGUCCAAUGUUGGCCUCCUCAGCUUCAACAAGGAAACGAAACUGUCUGGAGCGGACCAUCGUCUUAUACUUGGGGAGCAUUCCCCCCCACUUCAAGUCAUAAUGCAUAAUGGAAAAGUGACUGGCUACAAUUCCAUUGUUAUGAUGUUUCCAGAAACAGACAGUGUCAUCGUAGUCCUGUCGAGCGGAGGCACUGACGGCGAUCCGAGUGACUGGAUAGGCCGCAUCCUUACCCAAGCGCUCUUUGAUCUGAAGCCUCGCGUGGACUUCGUCGUUGCUGCUAAGGAUGAGGCGGAGCUAAGUAGGCAAUGGUUCAAGACUCGGAUAUUGGCGCCGUUGGAGAAGGACCGGACCGAACAGACGGGAAAGGUGGAUUUUCCAGAUUACAUUGGAACCUAUACUAACGCUGAGCUUGCAACCACCAUCUACAUAGAAUACACUCAAGACGCCCCAGCCGUGCGGUUCAACGAUCAGAUCUCCUCGUCCUAUCCUCUGGCCCACCACUGCGGCGAUACGUACAGUUUCCUGCCCAAGACGCGCGACGAAUGGCUUAAAGACUGUAUGCUCGAAUAUUUCGAUCAUCGAAUGGGUCUGCUGCGGUUUCGAAGGGAGUCCGACGGUGUUAUUUCCGGAGUACUAUGGCAGUGGCAUUAUCGAGAGGAAGCAUCGUGGUUUGCUCGACAACCUUCCUGA